GUCAGUAACAUACUUCUGAUGGCCAUCCUGCUUAACUCCAGAGCUCUGAGAGACAACUUUGUGUCUCUGUUCCUGGUCAUUAUCUCAGUCCUCAACAUCCUCACCCUCACCACCAAGAUCGUCCCUCGAGAACUCCAAAGACUGAUAGGAUGGGAUCUCCUCUCGUCUCCCAUGACUUGUCGAGUAUGGAGCAUGGCCAUCAUUUUUUUCAAGUUGUCCAUCAGCUGGACUAUCGUGGUGCUUGGGGCAGCCCGGCUCGCUAUACUGGUCAGCCCCAAAAGGUUGGUACAUACUAAACAACUCCGUGGUCAGUCCCAAAAUGUUUGUACAAACUAAAAAACU